AUGCCCAGAGACCAGCCUGAGAAGUUCACAACAUCGAUGUCUUUUGAGGAAAGGACGAGACAUAAACAAUACCUUAGUGAGGAUUGGGCGCAGCACCAAGCAUUACGCGCACAGCAGAGCCCUCCGCCUCCGCCUAUGGAAACGGAGGCCCCAACAUUCUCAGAGAUCGUAGCCAAUCCUGACUCAUCUGUCCCUCCGAAUGACGCUGUGAAUGUGCGAGACUGGCUUCAGGCGGUCGACUGCAGCGAGGAUCAAGAUGGCGCGCUAUGUCCGCACGAAGAUGCUGUCUCUGAGCGCUUUGACGCCGCAAUCACUGCAGAAGAUGACCGUAUACCUACGCUCAAUAGCGACACUGACACAGAGUACCCCGACAGUGUCGACAGCGAUUCCGACGCUGAAUUUCUCGUGCUUAAUCCUGACAGCGAUGCCGACACUGAUGCCAUCGUUGAGGCCGUCCUUGGUCCAUUCCGUGCUAAAGUUGAUGAUAUCGAUGUCGUGCCCCUUGUCAGCUACUCGUUCGAUUUGGCCGAAGGAGGAGAAUGCGCUGAUCCCCGUGGGUUUAUUGAGGAAGCAGAGGCAAUGGCUGAGCUCAUCCGGAAAGCACGCGAUGGUACGCUGGGUGACCCCCGGGCGGCAACACCGGACGGCAUAUUGCCGUUGGCUCAAGAUUUGCCCGAUGGCCCUUCUACGGAGCCUACCAACCCGAACUCCGACAGAGUUACCAUCAACCAUCUCUCGGACAUUCAAGAGACAGAGGUGGGGCGCUCAGUUGAUACGCCGCUCGAGGCCUCAUCAGAGGCUCAGAGCAAGACUGCCUUACUGGAGGCGCAGUCAUUCUGA